AUGGUCCGCUUCGGGGACGAGCUGGGCGGCCGCUAUGGGGGCGCCGGCGGCGGCGAGCGGGCCCGGGGCGGCGGGGCCAGCGGGGCGGGCGGCCCCGGCCCGGGGGGUCUGCAGCCGGGCCAGAGGGUCCUCUACAAGCAGUCGAUCGCGCAGCGCGCGCGGACCAUGGCGCUCUACAACCCCAUCCCGGUCAAGCAGAACUGCUUCACCGUCAACCGCUCGCUCUUCGUCUUCAGCGAGGACAACGUCGUCCGCAAAUACGCCAAGCGCAUCACCGAGUGGCCUCCGUUUGAGUACAUGAUUCUGGCCACCAUCAUCGCCAACUGUAUCGUGCUGGCCCUGGAGCAGCACCUCCCUGAUGGAGACAAGACGCCCAUGUCCGAGCGGCUGGACGACACGGAGCCCUAUUUCAUCGGCAUUUUCUGCUUCGAGGCCGGGAUCAAGAUCAUCGCGCUGGGCUUCGUCCUGCACAAGGGUUCCUACCUGCGGAACGGCUGGAAUGUCAUGGACUUUGUGGUGGUCCUCACAGGGAUCCUUGCCACAGCUGGCACUGACUUUGACCUGCGGACCCUGCGGGCCGUGCGGGUGCUGAGGCCCCUUAAGCUGGUGUCUGGGAUUCCAAGUUUGCAGGUGGUGCUCAAGUCCAUCAUGAAGGCCAUGGUUCCGCUCCUGCAGAUCGGGCUGCUGCUCUUCUUUGCCAUCCUCAUGUUCGCCAUCAUUGGCCUCGAGUUCUACAUGGGCAAAUUCCACAAGGCCUGUUUCCCCAACAGCACAGAUGCAGAGCCAGUGGGCGACUUCCCCUGUGGCAAGGAGGCCCCCGCCCGGCUGUGCGAGGGCGACACAGAGUGCCGGGAGUACUGGCCGGGACCCAACUUCGGCAUCACCAACUUUGACAAUAUCCUGUUUGCCAUCCUGACGGUGUUCCAGUGCAUCACCAUGGAGGGCUGGACCGACAUCCUCUACAACACCAACGACGCGGCUGGCAAUGCCUGGAACUGGCUGUACUUCAUCCCUCUCAUCAUCAUCGGCUCCUUCUUCAUGCUCAACCUGGUGCUGGGCGUGCUCUCCGGAGAGUUUGCCAAGGAGCGUGAGCGGGUGGAGAACCGCCGGGCCUUCCUGAAGCUCCGCCGGCAGCAGCAGAUUGAGCGGGAGCUCAACGGGUACCUGGAAUGGAUCUUCAAGGCUGAGGAAGUCAUGCUGGCCGAGGAGGACAAGAAUGCUGAGGAGAAGUCCCCUCUGGAUGUGUUGAAGAGGGCGGCUGCCAAGAGGAGCCGAAGCGACCUGAUCCACGCAGAGGAGGGAGAGGACCGCUUUGCAGACCUCUGUGCCGUGGGGUCCCCCUUCGCCCGAGCCAGCCUCAAGAGCGGGAAGACGGAGAGCUCGUCCUACUUCCGCAGGAAGGAGAAGAUGUUCCGCUUCUUCAUCCGGCGCCUGGUGAAGGCGCAGAGCUUCUACUGGGCGGUGCUGUGCGUGGUGGCCCUGAACACGCUAUGCGUGGCCAUGGUGCACUACCACCAGCCGCAGCGCCUCACCACCGCGCUGUACUUUGCAGAGUUUGUUUUCCUGGGUCUCUUCCUCACAGAGAUGUCCCUCAAGAUGUACGGCCUGGGGCCCAGGAGCUACUUCCGGUCCUCCUUCAACUGCUUCGAUUUUGGGGUCGUCGUGGGGAGCAUCUUCGAGGUGGUCUGGGCGGCCAUCAAGCCGGGGACCUCCUUCGGGAUCAGCGUGCUGCGGGCCCUCCGGCUGCUGAGGAUCUUCAAAGUCACCAAGUACUGGAGCUCCCUGCGCAACCUGGUGGUGUCCCUGCUGAACUCCAUGAAGUCCAUCAUCAGCCUGCUGUUCCUGCUCUUCCUCUUCAUCGUGGUCUUCGCUCUGCUGGGCAUGCAGCUCUUCGGGGGACAGUUCAACUUCCAAGACGAGACUCCAACGACCAACUUUGACACCUUCCCUGCUGCCAUCCUCACUGUCUUCCAGAUCCUGACCGGGGAGGACUGGAACGCGGUGAUGUACCACGGGAUCGAGUCGCAGGGUGGAGUCAGCAAAGGCAUGUUCUCGUCCUUUUAUUUCAUCGUCCUGACGCUGUUUGGAAACUACACCCUGCUGAACGUCUUCCUGGCCAUUGCCGUGGACAACCUCGCCAACGCACAGGAGCUGACCAAGGACGAAGAGGAGAUGGAAGAAGCAGCCAAUCAGAAGCUUGCUCUGCAAAAGGCCAAAGAAGUGGCUGAAGUCAGCCCCAUGUCUGCCGCGAACAUCUCCAUUGCUGCCAGGCAGCAGAACUCGGCCAAGGCGCGCUCGGUGUGGGAGCAGCGGGCCAGCCAGCUGCGGCUGCAGAACCUGCGCGCCAGCUGCGAGGCGCUCUACAGCGAGAUGGACCCCGAGGAGCGGCUGCGCUUCGCCACCUCCCGCCACCUGCGGCCCGACAUGAAGACGCACCUGGACCGGCCGCUCGUGGUGGAGCCGGGCCGGGACGGCGCGCGGGGGCCCGCGGGGGGCAAGGCCCGGCCCGAGGGCACGGAGGCCGCCGAGGGCGCGGACCCGCCGCGCAGGCACCACCGGCACCGUGACAAGGACAAGGCCCCGGCUCCGGCCCCGGCCGGGGAGCAGGACCGGGCGGAAGGCGGGGAGCCCGGGGCCCGGGAGGAGCGGCCGCGGCCGCACCGCAGCCGCAGCAAGGAGGCCGCGGGCCCCCGGGAGGCCCGGAGCGAGCGCGCCCGCGGCCCGGGGCCCGACGGCGGCCGGCGCCACCACCGGCGCGGCUCCCCGGAGGAGGUGGCCGAGCGGGAGCCCCGGCGCCACCGCGCGCACCGGCACGCGCCCGAGCCCGGCAAGGAGGGCGCGGCGCCCGGGACCAAGGGCGAGCGGCGGGCGCGGCACCGCGGCGGCGCCCGGGCCGGCCCGCGCGAGGCGGAGAGCGGAGAGGAGCCGGCGCGGCGGCACCGCGGGCGCCACAAGGCGCCGCCGGCACACGAGGAGGCCGAGAAGGAGGGCGAGGCGGAGGACAGGGACCAGGAGAAGGAGCUCCGGAACCACCAGCCCCAGGAGCCACACUGUGACCUGGAGGCCAGUGGGGUAAUGGGUGUGGGCCCUGUGCAUGCACUGCCCAGCACCUGUCUAGAGAAGGUAGAAGAACAGCCAGAGGAUGCAGAUAAUCAGCGGAACGUCAGUCGGAUGGGCAGUCAACCCUUGGAUCUGAGCACCACUGUGCAUAUCCCGGUGACGCUGACCGGCCCUCCCGGGGAGACCACUGUUGUCCCCAGUGGGAACGUGGACCUGGAAAGCCAAGCAGAAGGGAAGAAGGAGGUGGAAGCUGAUGACGUGAUGAGGAGUGGCCCCCGACCCAUUGUCCCGUACAGCUCCAUGUUCUGUCUGAGCCCCACCAACCUGCUCCGCCGCUUCUGCCAUUACAUUGUGACCAUGCGGUACUUUGAGGUGGUCAUUCUCGUGGUCAUCGCCCUGAGCAGCAUCGCCCUGGCUGCUGAGGACCCCGUGCAGACAGACUCGCCCAGGAACAACGUUCUGAAGUACAUGGACUACAUUUUCACGGGUGUCUUUACCUUCGAGAUGGUCAUAAAGAUGAUCGAUUUGGGACUGCUGCUGCACCCGGGUGCCUACUUCCGGGACCUGUGGAACAUUCUGGACUUCAUUGUGGUCAGUGGGGCCCUGGUGGCGUUUGCCUUCUCAGGCUCCAAAGGGAAAGACAUCAACACCAUCAAGUCGCUGAGGGUCCUGCGUGUGCUGCGGCCACUCAAGACCAUCAAGCGGCUGCCCAAGCUCAAGGCGGUGUUCGACUGCGUGGUGAACUCGCUCAAGAACGUCCUCAACAUCCUCAUCGUCUACAUGCUCUUCAUGUUCAUCUUCGCCGUCAUCGCCGUGCAGCUCUUCAAGGGGAAGUUCUUCUACUGCACGGACGAGUCCAAGGAGCUGGAGCGGGACUGCAGGGGCCAGUACCUGGAUUACGAGAAGGAGGAGGUGGAAGCCCAGCCCAGGCAGUGGAAGAAAUACGACUUCCACUACGACAACGUGCUCUGGGCCCUGCUGACCCUGUUCACAGUGUCCACGGGAGAAGGCUGGCCCACGGUCCUGAAACACUCGGUGGACGCCACCUACGAGGAGCAGGGCCCCAGCCCCGGGUACCGCAUGGAGCUCUCCAUCUUCUAUGUGGUCUACUUCGUCGUCUUCCCCUUCUUCUUUGUCAACAUCUUUGUGGCCUUGAUCAUCAUCACCUUCCAGGAGCAGGGGGACAAGGUCAUGUCGGAAUGCAGCCUGGAGAAGAACGAGAGGGCUUGCAUCGACUUCGCCAUCAGCGCCAAGCCCCUGACGCGGUACAUGCCCCAGAACAAGCAGUCGUUCCAGUACAAGACCUGGACGUUCGUGGUCUCGCCCCCCUUCGAGUACUUCAUCAUGGCCAUGAUCGCCCUCAACACCGUGGUGCUCAUGAUGAAGUUCUACGACGCGCCCUACGAGUACGAGCUGAUGCUGAAGUGCCUGAACGUUGUGUUCACGUCCAUGUUCUCCAUGGAGUGCAUGCUCAAGAUCGUCGCCUUCGGGGUGCUGAACUAUUUCCGAGAUGCCUGGAACGUCUUCGACUUUGUCACUGUGUUGGGAAGUAUUACUGAUAUUUUAGUAACAGAGAUUGCGGAAACGAACAACUUCAUCAACCUCAGCUUCCUCCGCCUCUUCCGCGCUGCCCGGCUCAUCAAGCUGCUCCGCCAAGGCUAUACCAUCCGCAUCCUGCUGUGGACCUUCGUCCAGUCCUUCAAGGCCCUGCCCUACGUGUGCCUGCUCAUCGCCAUGCUGUUCUUCAUCUAUGCCAUCAUCGGCAUGCAGGUGUUUGGAAAUAUUGCCCUGGAUGACGACACCAGCAUCAACCGGCACAACAACUUUCGGACGUUUUUACAAGCCCUGAUGCUGCUGUUCAGGAGCGCCACUGGGGAGGCCUGGCAUGAGAUCAUGCUGUCCUGCCUCAGCAGCCGGGCCUGCGAUGAGCUCGCCAAUGCCACUGAGUGUGGGAGCGACUUCGCCUACUUCUACUUUGUCUCCUUCAUCUUCCUGUGCUCCUUUCUGAUGCUGAACCUCUUUGUGGCUGUGAUCAUGGACAAUUUUGAGUACCUUACACGGGACUCUUCCAUCCUGGGGCCUCACCACCUGGAUGAGUUCAUCCGGGUCUGGGCUGAGUAUGACCCGGCUGCGUGUGGGCGCAUCAGUUACAAUGACAUGUUUGAGAUGCUGAAACACAUGUCCCCACCCCUGGGGCUGGGGAAGAAAUGCCCUGCUCGAGUUGCAUACAAGCGCCUGGUUCGUAUGAACAUGCCCAUCUCCAACGAGGACAUGACCGUCCACUUCACGUCCACGCUGAUGGCCCUCAUCCGGACUGCACUGGAGAUCAAGCUGGCUCCAGCUGGCACGAAGCAGCAUCAGUGCGACGCGGAGUUGAAAGAGAUUUCCUGCGUGUGGGCCAAUCUUCCCCAGAAGACUCUGGACUUACUGGUGCCACCCCAUAAACCCGACGAGAUGACCGUGGGGAAAGUGUAUGCAGCUCUGAUGAUCUUCGACUUCUACAAGCAGAACAAAACCACCAGAGACCAGAUUCACCAGGCUCCCGGGGGCCUGUCCCAGAUGGGCCCCGUGUCCCUGUUCCAUCCUCUGAAGGCCACGCUGGAGCAGACCCAGCCGCAGCCGGCCGUGCUCCGCGGAGCCCGCGUCUUCCUUCGGCAGAAGAGCUCGGCCUCCCUCAGCAACGGGGGUGCAGUUCAAACCCAAGAGAGUGGCAUCAAGGAAUCUGUUUCCUGGGGCACUCAGAGGACCCAGGAGGGGCCCCGCGAGGUGAGGCCGCCCCUGGAACGUGGCCAUUCCACGGAGAUCCCAGUGGUACAGACAGGAAAGCCGGCUGUGGAUGUCCAGAUGCAGAGCAUGGCCCUGAGAGGCCCUGAUGGGGAGCCGCAACCCGGGCUGGAGAGCCAGGGCCGAGCAGCCUCUAUGCCUCGCCUGGCGGCAGAAACUCAGCCCGCCCCAGACGCCAGCCCCAUGAAGCGCUCCAUCUCCACGCUGGCGCCCCAGCGCCCCCAUGUGGCUCAUCUCUGCAACGCCACCCUGGACCGCGCUCCCGCCAGCCAGGCCGCCCCCCACCACCACCACCGCUGCCAUCGCCGCAGGGACAGGAAGCAGAGGUCCCUGGAGAAGGGGCCCGGCCUGUCUGCAGACACGGACGGAGCACCCAACAGCACCGCGGGGCCAGGGCCGCCCCCGGUGGACGGGCCAGCAGGCUGCCGGCGGGAGCGCAGGCAGGAGCGAGGCCGGUCCCAGGAGCGGAGGCAGCCCUCCUCCUCCUCCUCGGAGAAGCAGCGCUUCUAUUCCUGCGACCGCUUCGGGGGCCGUGAGCCCCCCCAGCCCAAGCCCUCCCUCAGCAGCCACCCAACAUCGCCAACGGCUGGGCAGGAGCCAGGACCCCUGAGACAGGGUAGUGGUUCGGUGAAUGGGAGCCCCCUGCUGUCAACAUCUGGUGCUAGCACCCCUGGCCGCAGUGGGCGGAGGCAGCUCCCCCAGACCCCCCUGACCCCCCGUCCCAGCAUCACCUAUAAGACGGCCAACUCCUCACCCGUCCACUUUGCCGGGGCUCAGACCAGCCUCCCCGCCUUCUCCCCUGGCCGGCUUAGCCGUGGCCUUUCAGAACACAAUGCCCUGCUCCAGAGAGACCCCCUCAGCCAGCCCCUGGCCCCCAGCUCUCGAAUCGGCUCUGACCCUUACCUGGGGCAGCGUCUGGACAACGAGACUGCCCGUGCCCAGCCUGAGGACAUGCUCACCUUCGAGGAGGCUGUGGCCACCAACUCGGGCCGCUCCUCCCGGACUUCCUACGUGUCUUCCUUGACCUCCCAGUCCCACCCCCUCCGCCGUGUGCCCAACGGCUACCACUGCACUCUGGGGCUCAGCUCGGGCAGCCGGGUGCGGCACAGCUACCACCACCCCGACCAAGACCACUGGUGCUAG